AUGAAGAAUUCAGCGUUUCUUGCUUCGUUUAUCCUCUAUUGCGGUCUUUUCAGUCAAAAUGUAAUUGUGUCACACGCGAAACAUCCACCUUUUCCUCCAGAAAUAAUACACGAUUGUAUGGAUCGUGAAAACAUAACAACUAAAGAAUUGAUGAUACUUGAUAGUUCACCGGUUGAGACAAUCAAAUUAAUAGGCGGAAAUAUGGAAGACUUCAGAAAUAUCGGAUGUUUCUUAGCUUGCGCCUUCCAACAACAUGGCGACAUGUCAGGAUCUACUAUGAAUGUACAAACAAUGAUAGAUCGUAUGCACGGAAUGCAUCACGAUCACAGAGAUCCCAAUCCGUUUUUCGCUAACGCCUUGCAAACAUGUGCAGAUUCGCUUGGAGAAACAGAUGACGAAUGCGAAGCGGCUCUUACCUUCCACAUAUGCUUGAUGGAAGCUUUCCAUAAUAAACCCUAA